AUGCCUAAGUCUCGUGAAUGCUCAGAUUUUGAACGUGGAAUGAUUAUCGGACUUCACAAGGGCAAGCACAAUGCUACAGACAUUCAAAAAAUACUCGGAAUACCCAGAACUACUUGCAUUGAUAUCAUUAACAAAUUUGAAAAUGAUAGGGUGACCAACUCUCUUUCUCGUACAGAAAGACCACCUCUUUUGACUGACCGUGAAGAGCAAACUCUUCUUAGAUCUUACUCAGAUUAG